AUGGCGAGCACGGGCGGCGGCAAGACCGAAUUCAUAGUCGGAGGGAACUACAAACUGCUAAGAAAGAUCGGGUGUGGCGCCUUUGGCGAAAUUUAUCUGGCCGUUAACCUCAGCAACGGCAAGCAGUCGGCCGUGAAGCUAGAGCUACAGAAGGCCAAGCAUCCCAUGCUGCUCCACGAGAGCAUGCUCUAUACGAUUCUUCGGGGUGGCGUCGGCGUCCCCCGCGUACAGUGGUUCGGGCAGGAAAACGAGUACAAUGUGCUGGUCAUGGAUCUUCUGGGACCUAGCCUCGAGGAGCUCUUCAACUUUUGUUCCAGAAGGUUCUCCAUGAAAACCAUCCUGAUGUUGGCUGACCAGAUGAUCAGCAGAAUUGAACAUGUGCAUAUGAAUGAUUUCGUACACAGGGACAUUAAGCCAGAAAACUUCCUCAUGGGCACUGGAUGUUACUGUCGAAAGUGCUUGGAAUCUCCACCGGGAAAGAGGAAAAGAAACAAGCUUCAGGGCUCAGCUGCCCCGUCGCGAGAACAGUUAUACCUUAUUGAUUUUGGCUUGGCCAAAAAGUACAGGGACAGCGAUACAAAUGAACACAUUCCGUACAGAACGGGUAAGAACUUCGCUGGCACCGCCCGAUACGCUAGCAUCAACGCACAGUGUGGCAUCGAGCAGAGCCGCCGAGAUGACCUGGAGGCCUUAGGCUACAUUCUGAUGUACUUUAAUAGAGGCAGCCUGCCGUGGCAAGGAGUGAAGGCUAUGGCAAGGAAGCAAGGCCUUAAAAUGACUUGCGAAAAGAAGAUGGCCACGCCUGUUGAAGUUCUGUGUGAGGGCUUUCCACAAGAGUUUGCCACCUACUUAAACUACUGCCGUGGGCUGCAGUUCGACGAGACCCCCGAUUACACCUAUCUGAGGCAGCUAUUCCGCAACCUUUUCCAAAACCUGAACCACGAGUACGACAACACCUUUGAUUGGACAGUGUUAACGGAGGAAGAGGAGGAGGAAGAAGCAUCUUCCAAGAAGCAGGAGCAGUAG